UCCCAAAAUAUGGCUAUAACAAAAGCAUUUAUCUUACUUGUGUUGGUUCUUUCAAUUUUAGAACUAGGUUUGGCCAACAAUAACGACUUCACCCGCUCACGAUUUCAAGGGUGCUCAAACGUGACCAAUGGCCCUAGAAAUAUCAUUGUUGGCGGAUCUAAUAACUGGACUUUCGGCUUCAACUAUACGGAUUGGGCCCUUAAAAAUGGUCCCUUCUACAUUGGCGACUCUCUAGUAUUCAAGUUUAAUCCUCCUACCAACGAUCCAAAUUCCCAUCCUCAUAGUGUGUAUAGGCUUAGAACAUACCAAAAUUUUGUGAACUGCGACUUGAAAAGGGCAAAGAAGAUUGCUGGGAAUUCAGAUGGAGCCGGCCAAGGGUUUUCUUUUCGGCUUAAGACAUGUAAGCCACAUUACUUUUCAUGCGGGGAGAAGGAUGGACUCCACUGUAAUAUGGGCAUGAUGAAGUUUCCGGUCUUUCCCCUCAUUCCCUCGUGGCAUAAAUAGAG